UGAAUUAUGUUGCAUUCUGGGAUAGAAACGCGGAAGUAAACAAAAUCUGUGUCAAAGGGAAACUCUCCGAUUUAUUCACUUUUACAGCCCAUUAUGACCACAAAUGAGAGGUCGUUGAUGUCAUAUUGUAUCUAGAAAAUCACCAUCCAUCAGACAUUGUCAAGAUGACCAAUAAGAUAGAUAUGAAGAUAGUUCUCCUGGGGAAGGAAUACGGAGGAAAGACGAGUUUAGUGGAGAGAUAUUUACAUGACAGAUUCAGUGGUGACAUUCCAUAUCAAAAUACUAUAGGAGCAGCUUUUGGUGCUAAGAGAAUAGAAACAUGCCAGAGGAAAUAUGUUAUGUUAGGAAUAUGGGAUACUGCCGGAAGUGAACGCUAUGAGGCUAUGAGCCGAAUAUACUACCGAGGUGCUAAGGCAGCUAUCAUAUGUUUUGACUUGACUGAAAAAAAUAGUUUUGAAAAAGCUAAAUUUUGGGUCAAGGAACUAAAUAAAAGUGAAGAGAACUGUAAAGUUUAUCUUUGUGGGACGAAGAACGACCUUGUGAAAGGUGAAGCUUUGAAAGGAAAUCGUGGAGUCGAUUAUUAUACAGUCACAGACUAUGCUGAUGAAAUUAAUGGUCAGGUAUUUGAGACAUCAAGUAAAACAGGCGAAAAUAUAUACGAAUUAUUCCGAAAGAUAGCCGAUGAUUAUGUAAAUGAUCCGGCCAACCAGGAACCAAAACCAAGUGCAAGAGAUAAACUGAACCUAGAAGAACCAUCAACACCAACGAAAAAACUACACGGGGGGUGUUGUAGUUAGCGUCGAGGGAGUUAGUUGGUGCUAGGAUAUUGUGUAUCUUGUCAAGUUGAAGUUGGCUCCAUAUUUCGUAUUCCUUAUUCCCGAUUCUACUUUCCUGAUCCUCGGACAGUUAUGGUUGGGAUUAGUAUAGCCCUUUAUUACUGUCAAUAACUGCAUUUAGCCCUUACUAAUGAUAUCUGAUAAGAAUAAGGAAUAGUAAAUAAGCCAACUUCAGGCUGGUCAUUGUGUAUCUAUAUGGUGGACUGUUCUACAAUGUAUAUACCAAUAAUAGACUUGAUUGUGUGUCCAGUCUGAUGAUACUGUACUACCAGUACAGUGGUCCUCUGAGAUGAAAAAGAUCUGUCUAUUUGAUUAUCUUUCUAAUACUUACCCUCCUAAAGGAAACAAUUGGGCUGUUAUGGAUGAAUCUGAAAAUUUGCUGACUUUUACUUGUACAGACUCUUAACUUUAUAUAUUGGUGCCACUCUGACAGUAACUCCCACCUAUCUUCCUUUAAAACACAGAGCCAACACUGAUGACAUUGAUAUUCAGUGAAUGUUAGAAUUCAGUGGGUAUUGCUUGAUUGAUGUUCAGUUGACAUGCAUGUUCAGCCAAUGACGGCUGUUGGCAUUGCAUGUGGGUUAUGUUUUGAUAUAAUGUGAUAGGAGGCAUUCGGGUGUGUGACCUGAAUAGAUUAUAUACAAUUGACAUUCUCACUGGUUCAAACAUGCUGAUCUGGCUAAUAAGGCUAUGCCUAUGCACGCCUCUUGUCAUCUGGGGUCAUCUAUUUCGUACAUACACAUUAAAAGUUUGGAUUGAUGUUAUUUGCAAAAAUUAGGUGGUUUACAGUAUUGAUCAUGUAUAUUUUGUUGUCUAUUUCAUGAUGAAAUUUAUAGAUAAGCUAUGGUAUCAAAAAGUGAUAAACAUA